GUUGACGUAGUCCAAAUGGAAAACCAAGGACGACGCUCUGUAAUUCACAUUCUCUGGGCCCAAUGGAGUUGCUGCAAUCAGCUGUGCCACACAUCUUGCUAUAAACAAGUAAUGACCGCUGAAAAUACGUGACUAAACAAUGGAAGGUGUGCUGUAUAAGUGGACCAAUUACAUCAGUGGCUGGCAGCCUCGCUGGUUUGUUCUUCACGGAGGAACUUUGUCAUACUAUGACUCUCAAGAAGAUGCGUGGAAAGGUUGCAAAGGCAGCAUUAAGAUUUCAGUUUGUGAAAUCCAAGUUAAUUCCUCUGACCCCACUCGAGUUGACCUGAUCAUACCAGGAGAGCAGUACUUUUACCUCAGAGCCAUCAAUGCAGCAGAGAGGCAGAAAUGGCUGGUGGCUCUGGGCACAGCCAAAGCCUGCCUCACUGACAACAGAACCAAGAGAGAAAAAGAGCUUCAGGAGAACACAGAGGCAUUGAAAACAAAGAUGUCCGAGCUCAGAUUGUACUGUGACCUUCUUCUCCAGCAAGUAAACAAAAUGAAGGAUGGCGAUGAGCUGGCAGAAACGGCGGAGCCUGGUGUAGACGCUGGAAACAUGGUGAAGUCAACGUGCACCACUUUCCUUGAAACUCUGGAGGAGUGCAUGCAGAUAGCGAACCGUACGUUUAAUACGGAUUUGGGAACACACAGUCCACCAGGAACUCCUCCAGUCGCAGCGCUUAAACCCCAGAAGAUCAAAGUUGCCAAUCAUUUAAAUCUAAACCUCGGAGAAAAGUGGAAAGAUUUGACCGAAACCUCAGGAGAAACAAUCGCACAUGACAACCAGAGCCACGACUCUGGCGCAGAAGGACCAGAUGAGCCAGACAGAUCAGAAAAUCAUCCUUCCCCAUCAGAUGUUGAAUCAUCCAUCGUUCAUAGCGAGCAGGUCAAUCGUGCUGCGCACAUUACCCAGAAUGCCUCUGAGAUUGAACACUACAACCAGCCAGCAGAAGGAGAUGAUGAGAAAUCAAGUGAUCAAAAGAGAAAGGAUCAAGAACUGCACAAAGGGGACCAAAGUGAGGAGCAUGACAGCGAAAGAGAAAAAGAGAACACUGUUUUAGACCAAGAAGCGAGCCAAGAUCAAUUCAGGACCCCGAGCAAUUCAUCGGAGUCGGACACAGAGCAGGUGGACACUUUCUUCAGCACGAUGAGUCACAGAUUUAGUGAUAUGAGACUGGAUGACGACAAUGGUAUUCCUUCACAAGAGUUUUUGGACUCAUGCUAUGCAAUAGUGCCUGUAUUAGACAAGCUGGGCUCCACCGUUUUUGCACCAGUUAAAAUGGAUUUUGUUGGAAAUAUCAAGAAAAUUCAGCAGAAGCUGAUGUCCGACCCUGAAAGCUUCCCCACCCUUCAAUCCAUUGUGUUGCACGAAGUGCAGACAAACGUUUCCCAGGUACGCAACUCUGCAACCGAGGCUCUGCUGUGGCUCAGACGAGGCCUGAAGUUCCUCAAGGAGUUUCUGUCGGAGAUCAAUGGAGGGGAAAAAGACAUCCAGACAGCGCUGAAUAAUGCUUAUGGGAAAACUCUCAGGCAGUAUCAUGGAUGGGUGGUGCGAGGUGUUUUUGCUUUGGCGCUGCGAGCAGCACCCACCUAUCAGAGUUUCACCACCGCCUUGGUGUCGAGGGAGGGUGAUGAGCACAGGAGUGACUUUACCAGCAGCAUGCACAGGGACCUGGGACUUUACCUCCCUGCCAUGGAGAAGCAGUUGGCCAUCCUGGACGAGCUGUAUGAAGAAUACAACCUGGAGUCUGAUGAGGUGGUGUGAAACCCGAAGGAGAAAUUAUCAAACCUCCUGGAGCGACGGAGCCUCUCUGAUGUUCAGAGCAGAGGCGGAGUGCCGAGAGGAAAGUGCCAUGGCAUUCAGAGGUUAUUCAGUGGUUUCGGAAGUUUACCACUGAGUACAGUUUGAAGAGAUUAUUCAAGCCCACAAAGAGUUUGUUCAAGCAAAAAGUAGCAACUGAAGAAAUUAAUAUUCCAAGUCUAGUUUAAAAGACCAGUGAAAGAAAGGGUUGCAGUCCAUGUUAUGCAGACUCCAGCCAUAGUUGUACGUGGUGCCACUUGUUCCUGAUUCUAUUUUCUAUUCUUGUGUUGUGGCAUUUUACGAUCUUUCUAUUUUCCACGUCUAUAACUCCAUUGUAUUUAUUUCCAGAAACAUCUUUCAAUGCCCUUCAGCAUCAUAAAAAUACUUGUAUUUGUCUUCAUGAAUCGGAGGGAUACCAUGUACAACCACAAAGCACUCGUGGCAAAAUAAACAGUCAGUGUUACAGCACCCAGUAGAUGGCUCCAGUAUUUAAUCGUAGUUUACAAAACUGUCUGAAUUACAUCAUGUUAGCUUAUUUUUUUAUUCUUUUUUUAUUUUUUUUUUUUACUGGCUGUGAACAUUUUUGUGUCAACUAUAAUUAAUGUAAAUUAUUUCCAUAAAAUAACUUGUAAUUAGUUUUAUUUUACAGCUCACUGUUAGCCACUGUGUUAGAGUUUAAUGGGACCAAAAAAGAGAUGCAUUAGCCUCUGCUGCCUCUUCAGUGACACAACACAAGAAUGAAAUGUUAGUAGUAGUGAGACAUCUGUUUGUGUUGAAACAAGCCUAUGCAUAUGAUGCAUUUUAACGCUUUAUGGUAUCAUAAAUACUGGAUCCGUGGUGCAUGUUUAUGCAGGGUAUGUUUGCUAUAUUAAAGUGACACCGGGGCCGUCAGUGACUGAAGACAAGCCAAAUGCUUGAAUUCCACCAAAUGAAUUAGAAAUGACAGUUUUUCUCUUGUCUACUGAAAUUUAUCAGUUAUUUUGAAUCUUCACUUGUUUUUUCUUCCCUUUUGAUUGCCUUUUGCUCCACUGCUCUAAACGAGUGCUAGCAAUGGAUGUGUGUCUUACUUUAUGAUGCCAGUUCACACGCAGAUGUUCAACUGCGGGCGAACGAUAAGAGUGUAUUGCCAGGCUGGCUUUUAAAAGGUCUGCCUCAGGUUGAGCCAUCGUAACAAAAAAGGAACCUGGGGUAAAUGUUUGGGCUAUAGCAAGACUAGCCGUGUGAUACAUCUUUUUCUGAAGUGAAGACCAUGAAACAUCUUGUAAAAUUCAUGAAUCUCUUUGUAGAAGUCGUGCAAUAGACAUAUUUUUCAGUUGCAUACAAGUGUCGAUGGUAAUGUGCUGUUUUUUUUCUAUGAAUGUAUAUAAGAUGCUGUUGGAUUUAUACCUAAUAAAUAGGAUUGAAAAACUCUAA